GAUGCCUCUCAGUCUUCAUUCAAAACUGUUUAACACAGCGCUUCAGGAGGGCAUGACUUAAGAAAUACCCCUCGAUGUGAUGGAUGGUCGCUCUCCGCUGAGGAUGAAGCUGCUGAUAGUGUUUCUGCUCGUAUCCACCGACAUUGUCUGUCUGCACGGACAUAAUACUACAGGUGCGGUCCCUGUUCCUCACUGUGUAACAGAUUACCUGUACACCAUGACCUGCUCCGUGAGCAUGGCGCCGUCAGACAGCAACGUCUCCUACUGGCUCACUUUCCAAAAAUGGAAAAAGAAGGACUUGCUGUGUAUGCUGACAAACACAGAUGGGGGCUACUUCUGCUCCUUUAAAAAAAACGAUAUGUUUAAUGAUGUGGAGUUUUAUAAAAUCUCACUUUGUCACAAUGGGUCUAAAAGCUGUGAAAAGCUGGUUGAUAAAUAUUAUCCUUUGGACUACAUUAAACCAAACGCACCCUGCUGCCUCACAGUCCGGCACAACGCAAGUCAACACCACUUCACCUGGAAUAGUACCUAUGAGGAAUUUGCUCCUUACACCAGUCUGGUCGACAGACUCAAGUUUCAGCUUGAGUUUUACAGAAAAGGAGACGCACAAAACGUGUCAAAACAUCCCUUCACCAAUCUGUAUUGUUCAGUGGAUGAUCAAAAUUUUGAUCCAGACACCGAGUACGCUGCCAGAGUGCAGACCAGUCCUGAUCAGCAGCAUAACAAAGGAGAGUGGAGCGACUGGUCUCCUGAAGUGUACUGGAAGACAGAGGCAGCUGUGAAUGAUCCCCCACCAUACACAUUUCUUUUGGUACUGGGCAAGGUGCUCAUCUCCUUAUUUGUGCUGGUGCCUUUCACCCUCCUUUUCGUCUGGGCUCCGGUUAAAAAGUGGAGGAAGGGUGCUUUCAUCCCAACUCCAGCACCCUACUUCCACACCCUGUACAAUGAAUACCAGGGAGAUUUCAAGAGCUGGGUGGUGACACACGAACACACGGCCGACGUGCUGAAGGCGGAGGAAACGCUUCAAAUCGACACGCUCACAAAGUGUGAAGUGGUGGAAGAGAAUGAAGAGUGUCAGCCCCAGGUUUUCCACCACUUCAGGGAGGGAAGCACCUACAGCAACAUAUCGGACCCCGGCUGCGAUGCCUCGAUGCUGGGGGUCCCGUACGCUGUGAGCACCCUCCCACCAGGGCACCCCGCUGAAGGAGACUCGGGGUGCUGGCUGGAGAGGGACCCGCCCUGGUACUGCAACGAGUACUGCACCCUGAGCUCCUUCCAGCAGGGAAGCCCAGUCACAGCAGAGGAUCAUGGGAGCUUAAAAUCCCACACCUGCCCCACAGGGAUCAUCAGAGAGGAGGCCGUGACUGAAGCAUGAGCUCUGUGUAGUUACUGUGACGUGAACUUUGAAAGUUCAACGACACACAUUUACACAUCUAAAGUGCUUCAAAAUAAAACGGUAAAUUCUUUUUUUUUAAGUAGCCUACAUAUACAGGCAUACAUUUUUUAGUGUGCACUUAUUUUUGUAUCCCCCCCCCUCCCCACAGCAGUAUGCAUAAUGUAGAGAUACAAGUUAACAUAACAUAGCAUAACAUUUUGCUUGCAUUCAUUCAUUUAAUUCUGUAAAUAUCUGUAAACUAAAAUUGUUUUUAGACAUUUUUCCAUCAAUCCAUUUCAACAUUGUUUUAUGAUGACUGAAUUUUGCUUUGUCUCUGAACCUUGAAUGUAUUAUUUCAUGAUUUUUGUAUUCAUUUAAUAAAGAAAAUGCUUUAA